GUUGAUUGGUUUUCUAGCUCCAGGAUUGAAUUUCUUGGAUCUGGGUGUUUCUUUCUCGAGAAAAAAGACACAAAAAUGUAUUCGUCCAGCAAAUCAUCUGCAUAAAUUGGAUGGAUUUGCAGGAGAAAUCGUUUGUUUCUGUGUAUGAUUGUAUAUUUUCUACCAUUUUGUUAAAGUUGUAGUCUUUAUGGGUUCCCAUAGAUGGGUCAGAGUCAGAUGCUCUUGCUAGUUUGAUAACUUCAGUUGAUGGAUUUACUGGGUAAAUUUGUGGAAAAGAAUGGGGUCUCGUCUGAAUUUCAACAACUCUGGUGAUGGUGGUCCAAGCAUGGAAGGAAACGGAUCGAAGCCAGGUGGCGAUUUCCCAUUGGCUAGGCAGUCAUCUAUAUACUCAUUGACCUUUGACGAGUUGCAGAACACCUUUGGUGGACUUGGGAAGGACCUUGGAUCAAUGAGCAUGGAUGAACUGCUGAGGAAUAUCUCGACAGCUGAUGAGAAUCAGGCCGCCGCUGCGGUGGCUUCGGUUCCUUCGAAUUUGCAGAAACAAGGAUCGUUAACGUUGUCUAGGACUCUGGGUUCGAAGACGGUUGAUGAAGUAUGGAAAUACUUGAUGAAAGAAACCGAUGGUGCUAAAGAUGGAGAAAUGAAUUCGCCGAUGAGGGAACCGACUUUCGGGGCGAUGACACUGGAUGAAUUCUUGUUGAAGGCACGGAUUGGAAUGACGAACAAUGAUGGAUUCAUUGGUAACAACUCUGCUUCGGUUCUCGGGUUUCGACCGGCAAAUUCGAAUGACAAUGGUCCGAGGUUACCAUUGAACAUGAAUGGAUUCAAAUCAUCAUCACAGAAACAACCACUUUUCCCCAAGCAACAAACACUUGGGAUUGCUCCUUGUAUGAAUGGUAAUAUGGCUCAAUCAACCGGGCUGCAAUCGGCUCCGCAAUCACCAAUUCCUUACGCAUUCGGCCAGGGAAGUAAAUGCAGCCCGGCUGUGGAGAAAGUAGUUGAGAGAAGGCAAAGGAGAAUGAUUAAGAACCGAGAGUCAGCUGCCAGGUCACGAGCUCGAAAGCAGGCCUAUACAUUGGAACUCGAGGCCGAGGUUGCUAAACUAAAAGAAAUGAAUCGAGAAUUGCAGAACAAACAGGAAGAGAUGAUGGAAAUGCAGAACAAUCAGAUGCUAGAGAACGUGAAUAGACCUUGGGGAAGUAAAAGACAAUGCUUGAGAAGAACAAUAACCAACCCUUGGUAGAACCUCGAACUGCGGACGGUAAAAACCUUGCUCGGUGGUACGAUACGAGGAUUACGAUGUGCACCAAUAAUCCUUAUGUGUAAAAGAAGCAAAGGGUUUUUGAGAUGUAAAUUAUGAAACUCCAUACUAUUAGUUUCACUCUGUAUAUUAGAUUUCUCUUAUUGGCUUGAUCUUCAGUUUGCCUAUCAGGGUAUGUAACCUUGAACGCGACCUUCAUCUACUAAGCCAAAUUUUUUGUUUC